GAAGAGAAGCGCCUGGCAACACGACCGCACAGUGCGCCGACUGUCUCCGGAAAAAGACGUUGUUCCAGCGGGUCCAGGAUCAUUACACAACUCAACAGAGCCACAUCAGGAGGACAUGGGGUGGGACACUGUCACCAGAGAGGAUUCAAAUCGUCUCAUGGCUAACUCUGAAGUGCAGAGCUGUUUGAUUUGAAUGAACCUAGAGCUGGACAACAUCUGGCUGUAUGAUGCAUUUUACCUCUCCAUAAAUUUUUAUUGCAAGUAUCAAGAGCAGAGCAGCCAUUACCCGUCAGUGCAUCACCUGAAUUGAAUUAUGGACACCUUUAAUGGAGGAAUUUUAACUCAACAUGCCCAGGAACUAUGAGCCUGGUCACUCAGUAGGGAUGUUGGCCGCCGUGGAACAUGGUCCCAUCCUCUGCAGCGACUCCAACAUCCUCUGCCUCUCAUGGAAAGGCCGGGUACCCAAGAGUGAAAAGGACAAGCCGGUGUGCCGGAGACGGUACUAUGAAGAGGGCUGGCUCGCCACAGGGAACGGGAGAGGAGUCGUUGGCGUGACGUUCACAUCGAGUCACUGCAGGAGGGACAGAACUACACCUCAGAGGAUCAAUUUCAACCUGAGAGGACACAACAGCGAGGUUGUCUUGGUGCGGUGGAAUGAACCAUUUCAGAAGCUGGCCACCUGUGAUAUGGAGGGAGGUAUUUUUGUGUGGAUCCAGUAUGAAGGAAGAUGGUCUGUAGAGUUGGUGAACGACAGAGGAGCACAGGUGAGUGACUUCACUUGGUCACAUGAUGGCACUCAGGCCCUCAUCGCCUACAGGGAUGGAUUUGUGUUGGUUGGCUCGGUCAGCGGGCAAAGACACUGGUCCUCCGAGAUCAACCUGGAGAGUCAGAUCACCUGUGGCAUCUGGACACCUGAUGAUCAGCAGGUCCUGUUUGGUACAGCAGACGGUCAGGUGAUAGUGAUGGACUGUCACGGACGAAUGCUCGCCCAUGUUCUGUUACACGAGUCCGAUGGGAUCGUGAGCAUGUCCUGGAACUGCCCUGAUUUCCUGGUGGAGGACAGCACCGAGAGCGACACGGACUCAGACGACAAUAUUCUGCCCUUAGUGCGGAGAGUCAAGCCUUUGUUGACGGUCACCUUCUUAUCUGGAGAUAUCAGCUUAAUGAACAACUAUGACGACCUCUCUCCUGCUGUAAUCCGCUCAGGGCUAAAAGAUGUUGAGGCCCAGUGGUGCUCUCAGGGAGACCUCCUGGCUGUGGCCGGCAUGGAGAGACACGGGCUUCCCACUGACUCUGCUUGUGCAUCCAUCAUGAGGAACGCCCUUGUCAAGUUCUACAAUGUCCAAGGAGAACACAUAUACACUUUGGAAACACCGGCACAGAGACCCAUUACCACCAUCUGUUGGGGUCACAGAGACUCUCGCCUGUUCCUUGCUUGUGGACCAGCACUGUACGUGGUGCGUGUGGAACACAGGGUGGCCAGCCUCCAACUUUUAUGCCAGCAGGGCAUCGCCAGCGCUCUGCGUGAGGAGAAAGAUGUGGGGAAACUGAACAUGCCCUCCCUGCUCUGCUCCUAUGUCACAACUGCCUUCAUACCCACUAUCAAGCCCCCCAUCCCCGACCCCAACAACAUCCGUGACUUUGUCAGCUAUCCCACAGCUGGGAACGAGCGGCUCCACUGCACCAUGAAGCGAGCAGAGGACAGCCCUGAGGCAGGCGGGCCCUGUUACACACUCUACCUUGAAUAUUUAGGAGGACUGGUGCCUAUCCUCAAAGGAAGGCGCAUCAGUAAACUCCGACCUGAGUUUGUCAUAAUGGAUCCCAAAACAGACAGCAAAACAGAGGAGGUCUGCGUGAAUCCCAUGAUUUCAUACACUGACAGCUGUAACUGCUCUGACUCCAGUGACAUUGAAUUGAGCGAUGAGUGGGUCGGGAAGAAGUCACCAAAGUUAUCCCGAGGAAACAGGAUGAACAUGGAGUUGAGAAAAUCUCCCAAACUGUCACGCACCAAUCAGGAAGGCCAGAGGUCACCACGGUUACCAAUGAAAAAGCCUCCAGUUCGGUCUCCCAGUCUGACACGUCGAGAGUUUUCUAUGGAUGGGAUCACAGAGCACAACUACCUAGCUCAAGUCACAUCCAACAUCUGGGGGACAAAAUUCAAAAUAGUUGGACUUGCAACUUUUCUCCCUGCCAAUCUAGGUGCAGUUAUUUACAAGACCAGUUUGCUUCAUCUGCAACCGAGACAGAUGACAAUCUACCUUCCAGAAGUGAGGAAGAUUUCUCAUGACUUUAUGAGCCUGCCCGUUUUCAACCCCAAUGUGUUCAGUGAAGAUGAGGAUGACUUACCAGUGAUGGGUCCAUCUGGAGUGUCUGGAGACAAUCCCCCCUGCACAGUCAACAUUCCCAUUGCUCCCAUCCACAGCCCGGCUCAGGCUAUGUCUCCAACUCAGAGUAUUGGCCUGGUUCAGUCUCUUCUGGCAAAUCAGAAUAUUCAGCUUGAUGUCCUGACAAACCCUACAGCCACUGCAGCCGCUGCAGCAGCGGUGGCGGCAGCUUCAGUUCCUGUUACUGAUCACGGGCAGGAUGCAGUUGCGUCACCAUAUCCCGUGCCAGCUAGAUACUCAAAUCCCGGUCAGGUGAUCUUCAAUGGGCUGGAGAUGGGUCCUCUUCUUCCUGGUACUCUUCCUCCUCCGCCUCCUCCUCACCAUCUUCCCCCGCAGCCUCACUCGCAGCGGUCUCACUCACAGCCGCCCCGCCAACCGCCGCCCAAGCAGUCCCAGCAAAUGCAGAUGCAGCAGCAGCAGCAAAAAAUGCAUCAUCAUCAACAACAGCAGCAGCAGCAACACCUUCACCAGGCCCAAACUCAGCAGCAACAGCUACAGCAGCAACAUCAACAGCUACAGCAACUGCACCACCAGCAGGUGCUACUUCAACAGCAGCAACAACAACACCAACAACUCCAGGUUCAGCAACACCAACAAAUGCAAACAAAUGGACAGCCAGUGACACCGCAACAACUUCAUCACCAACAGCAAAUCCAACAGCAGCAGCAACAGAUGCAGCUGCAGCACGAACAGAUGCAACAGCAGCAGCAGCAGAUGCAACAGCAGCAGCAGCAAAUCCGGCAGCAGAUCCUGGAGAUGAGGCAACAGCAGCAGCAGCUUCAGCAGCAGCACCAGCAGAUCCAGCAGCAACAUCAACAGAUGCAGAGGCAGCACCAACAAAUGCAGCAGCAACUGAAGAUGCAGAUGUCGUUGCCACCUCCUCCAACCGGGUAUCCAACCAUUUCUUUACAACAGAUUCAUAUUCUGCCUCAGAUUCUUCCUCCGACCUCUGAGUCUGGGCUGAACAGAGCAGAGCACGUACACACUCUUAAGCCAAGUCUGCCAAGGACUUUACCCCCCUUCACUGACCCUGAUAUAUCUAUUGAGAUGCAGAUGAGGAAGGUUAAUCCUCCUCCUCCAUAUCCGGGCACCGUGGUGUCUGCCGCAGCAGCCACAGUCGUCACUACGCCUCAAACUCUUGUCACAAACUGUGACAGCCCAAGUGUCCUGGCACCAGACCCCUGCCUGAAGAAGGAUGAAUUUUUGCUUCACCCUGUCACUCUACAGUACCCUACACCUCUGGGGUAUGAAAGGAUCACAACCUUUGACAGCAGUGGCAAUGUGGAAGAAGUUUGUCGGCCUCGAAGGCGCCUCGUUCGCAACCAGAAUGCGUACGCUGUCCACGGCUCUGCCACUCUGAAAGUCACGUCCUCUGAGACUAAAAAGAUUCAGCUUCCUUACAGCUCAGCGACAUUGAGUCGUCUCUCUGUCCCUCGAUACUCCAUACCAAGCGGAGACCCACCUCCUUACCCAGAUCCAGCCAAUCAAGUAACUGCCACGCUUCCUCCUCCCCAGAGAAUCGACAGCAGUCUGAUUCAUGCUACUAUGCGCCGUGACCGCAGGGACGUAGGGCUUAAAGUGCCACAGAUGAUGGAAAGCUCAAGAACCCUUCCCACCAAGGCGAAAAUAAAUAGCGCACUAGCACUUAGCUACCAGCAGAGGUUGCCAACUGCUUUGUACACAUGCACACAGUGCAGCAGUAACAGCAGCAGCACCAGUGUCAGUGUUAGUGGAGGUGGAACUACAAGCAGUGGCAUCGCAGGUGGCACAGUGGUGAGGCAAGACUUCCCACCAGGGAAAGGAGCACAUCACAGUACCAUCAUUGUGCACUCCAAAGGAACUUCACCCCUGGCCUCUCAGUCCUCUUACAGUCUGCUGGGUGCUGUUGAUAACAGCAGAGACAGAACAGUGUAUGUUAACUCUGCCUUUACUGAAGACGAGACCUUAAAUCAGCAGUGUCACCUUGAGAAAUCUGUACGCCAACUUACUCUCGGUGAUGUCAAUCUGACACUCAAACGGCCUCCGCCUUACCAGUGGGAUCCCUCCACAGCUGAGGAGUUCUGGCUCACUCCCGAGCAAACAAUGUUAGGCCCUCCACCAGGACCUCAUAAAGCUCCUCCACUCAUCAUCAGCCAAACUCAGCACUUAGACAUGAGCCGGCUGCCGUUUGUCCUCACCACUAAACCUCAAACCAGUCCGAGCACGAGUACCCUUACUUUCCCAUCAGGGUACCAGAUAUCCCUCUCGCCAUUCCCUCCGGGUGUAGCUCAUAGUGGUCCUCCACUCCAGACCUUACAGAAUCCUCCACCCCAAUGCAAUCCCAAUGAAGUAGUUGGUUCAGGCCCUUUUGGCCAACAGGAUUCAAACUUGGUUCUGCCGCCAGGAUAUCCUUCAAAUCUGGCUAACCUGGCCUGUUGUCCUCUCCCUCCGAUGUAUCCAGGAGCCAGCUCAUGUGCUGGACUCCAGCUGCACCCUGUCAACCUUCAUCCCUGGAACCCCUACCCCUGCCCGCCUCCCAUGCAAGACCCCCCAGCACCCCCCCUCCCCACGAAAACCCAUCAGAUUCUAGAGAAGCCGAUUAUCUCCCCUCCACCUCCGACUGCACCACCACCACCACCCCCUCUCCCCCCUCCUCCUCCACCUACUGAGCUACCACCGUCCAAAAUUGCCACAGAGGAUCAAGCAGAGUCCGCCAACAACUUUCCAGAACCAUCUUCCCUGAACGAAAGCCCCGUGCAGCAGGAGUCAGAGCGCUUCAACAAGAAGAGCCGCAAAAGACUCGACAGCCGAGCCGAGGAGGCCAACAUGUCCAAUGUCUCUGAAGGCAAAUCAAGAAAGGAAGGCCGGGCACUCUCUGACUUCAACACUCUCAUUUCCAGCCCGAGGCUUGGCAGCAGAGAGAAGAAGAAGCCAAAGGGCCAGAGAGAGCAGCUCAAUAAAACCAAGAAGAUGAACAGGACCACAAAUGAGUUCCAAGAUAGCUCAGAGAGUGAACCAGAGUUGUUUAUUAGUGGCGACGAGCUCAUGAACCAGAACCAGAGUAGUAAGAAGAGCUGGAAGAACAAGCGUAGUAUGCGCAUGGCAAGUGAGCUGGAGGAGAUAAAGUGCCGCAAGGCAAAUGAAAGAGAGGACCGCAGUUUGGGAAGCCAAGGGUUUGUCUAUGUGAUGGCCAACAAACAACCACUGUGGAACGAAGCCACACAGGUCUACCAGCUGGAUUUUGGAGGACGAGUGACACAGGAGUCAGCAAAGAAUUUUCAAAUUGAGCUGGAUGGUAGACAGGUGAUGCAGUUUGGGCGAAUAGAUGGGAAUGCCUAUAUCUUGGAUUUCCAAUAUCCGUUCUCAGCAGUGCAGGCGUUUGCUGUUGCCCUGGCCAAUGUGACUCAAAGGCUGAAGUGAAAAGGUCAUUUUGUGUUCUUGUAGACAUAUAGAAUGGAAACCACAAUGGUCUUGACCAUGAGGGUCCACAGUGGUAUUAUACCCCAGUGUGUCAGGCGAUAGAUGGGGCAAUGUCAGUGACCUGGUGGUUCUUUUUUUUAAAAAGAAUAAUGUACAAGAUGGUCUUGCCAAUGCAGACUAUUUGCUGAUCAUUUACAAUCAGUGUGUUGAAGACGAAGGGGGUCUUGGACAGUGGUCUUGGACAGUGGUCUUUGAGGCUUACAAGUCCAUCAUUUCAAGUUAAUACAGUAUAAUGAAUGUAUUUAAGCUCAUUUUAAGUAGUGUUCAAAUGUUAUUUAGUGAGGUCAAAAAAAAAAGUCAGCCUGAACAAGAGUUAGACAAAGUAAAUGUUGGAAUAGAGUUAAAAAGCUGUCGGAAAGUUAAUACCACAUUUGGUGCCAAAGACAUCUGCCCUUUCUUGAAAUGAUGGCUCAUUAAGUAUAUUUAAAAUAAGUACAUUACAUUACAGUAUUUCAUAUGUAAGAGAUUGGGUAUUUUGAGAUAUGGUGGCUUUCAUGAAGCCAUGCCAUCUCUGAUACAACACUGCACAAUUUGAUUCAAUUAUACAUGAUUAAAAACUAAAAUAAAAAGGUUGUGGUAUCCAUACCAAUAUUUUCUCAAUACCUUUUUUGAAUCUUUAUUGUUCAACAUCAAUUGUACAACAUUUGUUAGGCAGCCAUUACAUUUUUAGUCUGUUAUGAUUUGCAAAUGCCCCCUACUUUGUGUUCAAGUGACUGAACAUGCAAUAGAAGAAUAUAUUGAUUCUGUAACUGUGACGUUAACGGUUCAGUACAGUUUAUCAUAGUAUGUAUAUUUUCUAUUCAUGACACUUCUAUGAAGUGAUGCAAUGAUCAUUGUAUGUCAUAUAAGUUUGGCCACAGUACUGCAAAACAUAAUUCAGUCAGACUUAGUUAUGAUGUGAAUUUACAUUUUUCUUUUAGUCCCCAAACUCCCUUCUACAACAUGUCAGUAAUUAUUAACAGCAAAUGUAUGUGUGCCAAACAGAACCGAAUAGCCAAAUACAUCUGGCUAAAAUUAAGUAUGUGGGGAAGUUGAUAGAAAGUGCUCGAAAAUUUAGCAUUGACACUAAGAUCCAUUCGGUGAAUCUCAAACUCAGUUGGCUCUGUGUUGUUAUCUUUGGGUGUUUAUGAUGCUACUACAUCAGUAGUUUGCCUUGUUGGAAGUCAGUGCUGCUUUAGAUAGAUAGAGCUUGUGUGCAGUAAUGCUACCUACAUAGAACUGAUGUUGAAAUUGCAAAACAAAAUACAAAGCUGCUUGCACUGUGUUUUUAGAAAAUACAUUAACAUUACUAUAUGCUUAGAAAAAUGUGCUUAUGUGUUGCUGAUUUCAGUAGUUUUGUACUUCACCUUUGCUUUAACAUUGUACCAAGAGUUUUUUGAUGUUACAAAAAAAAUAGAAAGAGAAAAAUAAACUUGCAAAGGUAUUGAAAACAGAAAAAUCAUAAAAUGAUAGAAUGAAUGAGGUCAUUUCAGAUUUGGUGCUAAUGUAUAAAGAAAAUAAUAUGGAAAUGAAAAGUAUAUCAAAAAGUAUUUUGAAAGACUACAGGAAAUGAAGCGCUGAGAUUUAUAUUUAAGGACUUUCAUUUAAUGCAGUUAAAAGACCCCAGCAAAUCUGUGUGUCAGCUAUUAUUAAUACUGCUUAAUCAAUAGAUGGUUGCUUGAUUUUCUUUUUCUCUCUUAUUUUACAAAGGAAACAAAUGUGUUAUGACCAUAGGUUUAUAUUGGACCUAUAGGCUGGCGGGAGUGCAAUUAAUAUGUAAUAAAAAGAUUGUUCCAACUGUU